UUUUUCCCUGCCGCUUUGUUGCUUUUAUGACUGCCAUGCGAAGGAAACAUUUCUGUUUUGCUGUGGGCCUAAUAGUUUAUUCAAAAUCGGUUGUUUGAGGGAAGGAUGCGGGACUUCAGUGUAAAAACGGAAACGUCACUUCAUUGAAAGCAGCGAUUGUGCCGGUUUGCUGUCUCAUUGUAGCUAACCCAGCUAGCUUCUCACGAUGACUGGCAGUAAGCAGAUGGAGAUGGGGGAGAGUAAAGGUGGAUCAGGUCUGCGGCAGUACUACUUAUCUAAGAUAGAAGAGUUGCAGUUGACUGUGAACGAGAAGAGUCAGAAUCUCAGACGUCUGCAGGCACAGAGAAAUGAGCUCAAUGCCAAAGUGCGUCUCCUUCGUGAGGAGCUGCAGCUACUACAGGAACAGGGAUCCUAUGUGGGAGAGGUGGUGAGGGUCAUGGACAAAAAGAAAGUGCUAGUUAAGGUGCAUCCAGAGGGAAAGUUUGUGGUGGAUGUGGACAAAAACAUUGACAUCAAUGAUGUGACUCCAAACUGUCGUGUAGCUCUGCGUAACGACAGCUACACCUUGCACAAGAUCCUUCCUAACAAGGUGGACCCUCUGGUGUCCCUCAUGAUGGUGGAGAAGGUGCCGGACUCCACCUAUGAAAUGAUCGGCGGCCUGGAUAAGCAGAUCAAGGAGAUCAAAGAAGUGAUUGAGCUGCCCGUCAAACACCCCGAGCUGUUCGAGGCUUUAGGCAUUGCCCAGCCCAAGGGAGUGCUGCUCUAUGGCCCCCCAGGUACAGGGAAGACCCUCCUUGCCAGAGCUGUGGCCCAUCACACUGACUGCACCUUCAUCAGGGUGUCUGGAUCAGAGCUGGUCCAGAAAUUUAUCGGAGAGGGUGCCCGUAUGGUGCGAGAACUCUUUGUCAUGGCGAGAGAGCAUGCUCCGUCCAUCAUCUUCAUGGAUGAGAUAGACUCCAUCGGCUCAUCUCGGCUGGAGGGAGGCUCAGGCGGGGACAGUGAGGUGCAGAGGACGAUGCUGGAGCUGCUCAAUCAGCUGGAUGGCUUCGAAGCAACCAAGAACAUCAAGGUCAUCAUGGCCACUAACCGUAUUGACAUCUUGGAUUCAGCUCUGCUCCGGCCAGGCAGGAUUGACAGGAAGAUCGAGUUUCCGCCUCCCAACGAAGAGGCCCGUCUGGAUAUCCUGAAGAUCCACUCCAGGAAGAUGAAUCUGACUCGCGGCAUUAACCUGAGGAAGAUUGCAGAGUUGAUGCCUGGAGCUUCUGGUGCUGAGGUUAAGGGCGUCUGCACAGAGGCAGGGAUGUAUGCUCUGAGAGAACGGAGAGUGCACGUCACUCAGGAGGACUUUGAGAUGGCGGUGGCAAAGGUCAUGCAGAAAGACAGUGAGAAGAACAUGUCCAUCAAGAAGCUUUGGAAGUAAAAGGCCUUGUGUAUUCUUGCACACAAUGCAACCACAUAUGUAUAUUUCCCUUUUGUUUAUGGUUUAUAAUUGUUUCAUGAGUGUGAUCCAUCAGUAAAAUAGUUUCCCCAAUAAA